UUCGCUGUGACAGUUGAGUGGCGCGGGGCGCGGGCCGGCCCGGCUGCCGUCCCGAGGCCCGCGGCUUGCGCACCACAUGGACGCGGAGGAGGAGGCGUGGAGACGGAAACUUGAGGCCGGCAGGGCCAAGUUUGCUCACUUCAGACAACGAAAAACAAAAAGUGACAUCGCGCAGUCGCAGAAAAAGACGGCGAAGAGGAAGGGCUCGUCUGUCCACACGCAUGACGCUCCGAAGGAAGAGUACGCACUAGCAGCCCAAGGUGUUGGUAAGGGUGUAGAGAGUAAGGCUGAAGAUGCCAGCCUCCUGGAGAGUAAGACUGAAGAUGCCAGCCUCCUGGAGAGUAAGGCUGAAGAUGCCAGCCUUCUAGAGACAACAACAGAGACAAAGGGGAGUGCUGACCUGUCCAGCUGGGAUGUGUUGGAUGAUCAUGCAUCUGAAAAAGUUACGAUAAAUUCAGCCGCAGAAUGCAGUGAGCUUGGUGCUAAGAUGUGUCAAGCAAGAACAGCUGAGCUAGAGAGCAGGCUCAUGGAGAAACAGGAAGCUGUUGAAAAACUCACAGCACAAAUGGAUGAGUUGCAGGAACAACUUGCCCAGUACAGUGACUCUAUGCAACUUCAGGAAGCAACCAUUCAGGAGCAGAAUGAAGUCAUCAGGAAACUAACCAGCUGCCUUCAACAGGCGAAGAAGGACCGCGAUGACCUACAGGAAGAGGCUUCACGUGUAGCUGGUCAGAUCCACGAUUUACAACUUCAGUUACAUCAGGUUAAUGAGACGUUGAGAAGUAAAAGUGCUGGGAAAAAUGAAGUAUUAGAAGCUCAGCAGCAAAUGUCCUUGUUUCAGAACCGUCUUGGAGAGCAAAAUGCACAUUUGGAGAUGCUGCGUCAGAAAGCACGUGACCUGGAAAUACAGCUUGAGUCUUCUCAAAAGAAUACCAAAGAUAAAGAAAAUGGGCUUGCCCAAAUGGAAGAGCAUAUGAAAGAUACAAUGCAACAGUUACACAAAAGUAUAGGAGAAAAGGAAGAACAUAUUAAAAAUCUUGAAGAUCUACUGUCAUCAGAAAGAUUUAGCUUGUCUGCUUUGCAACAUACCCUUUCUCUUCGGGACUCAGAAAUAACAGAAUUAAAAAAUGAAAGAGCUUUAUCUAAAAUGAAAGAACAGCAACGUAUUGAAGAACUGAAAAUCAGUCAUGAAAAGGAUAUUUGCAGACAGUUGGACAACUUGAGGGCUGAGCUGGAGAAGUGCCAUAGAAGAGAGAUUGCAGAAGCCAAGCAGGUAUAUGAGGAAGAAAUUCUUUUAAAAUACAAGAAUGAACUUGAGCAGUUAAAAAAAGAGCUCUGUGCUCAGAAUUCUGAAGAACAUAUUCAGAAUUUGAAUUGCAUAAUUGUUGACUUAAAUAAUAGUCUAUGUGAGUCUGAAAUUAUUAAGGAGAAUUUGAGAAAGAAACUUGAAAACCAACAGGAAGAUUUUCAGAGAGAAAAAUCUGCAAUUGAAACUAAAUACAAAGAUGUAAUUGAUGACCUUAAGUCUCAACUUUCUGAUGCAGAAGAGCAGAUCAAGGAAGCCCAACGAUAUAAACAAGAAAAGCAGUCCUUGAAUGAAGAGAUUCAGAAACUGAAUUCUUUCAUCCAGGAAUUAAAUGAAAAGCGACUUUAUGAGACUGGAAAAAGUCUAGAUGUAAGGCAAAAGCCUGAGCAAGAGGUUAUCUCCAAUAAAGAGCUAGUGAAAUUGAGGGAAAACCAGAUUUUACUGGAGGUGUCGAAUAAACCGCACCAGUUGAAAGGUGAAGAUGAGCUGGUUCAUGAAGAACUAGAGUUCCAGCGUGACUUGGGAGUAGACUCCUUAGGGUAUCAAUUAGAAGAAAUGAAGAAUUCAAAGUUCACUGAGAAUAGUGAAAGUAGUGAAGGAUAUAACCUGUCUGAAGAACACUUGUCAGGACUGGGACUUUUCAGUGGUGAUGAAGGUAUUUUGGAUAAAUAUCUCAUCUCCUCAGAGAGACCAGAAGGGUCGUAUGCAUCCAGCACUUCAUCUGCCAUUGAAGAAGGUAGAUGCAGUAGAUAUGGCUUAGACACUAGUGUGCUUCUAGAAUCCAGCAGAGAUUUUAUACCUCCCCCAUUAAAUUUUGACCUUGAUGAGGGAACACAUUUGGCUCAAGAGGCUUUUGAAGAGACUGAGAUGGAAGCAGGGGUCUUUGUUUCAUUUUUGGCGGAUACCUCACUGCAGCAAAAUAAAAUAAAUGACCACAAUAACGUAAAGGAUGAUGAGACAGCUUGUUUAGUGGAGAGAUGUGUGAAACUAACUGAGCAGCUUCAUGAGAAGGACUUAGCCUUGAAGAAAUCAUAUCAGGAGACCCGAGAAGCUGUUGAAAAAUAUGAACAAGUAUUGGCUGAGCUCUCCCAUGUGCGCGUGGAACUGGAUGAGGAACAUGAAGCACGGAUCCGUUGUGAAAAAGAACUUAUUCAAAAAACAGAGAAAGAGAAAGACCUUGAAACCAAAAUAAUGCUGCCAGUAAAGAACCAAGGUGAGGAAGGAAGCCAGCUUUACUGUGCUGUGGAACCUUUAACACAAGUGUCACAAUCCUCUACCUGGCAAGAAAUGGUGAAAGACCUGCAGGAGGAAAGAGAAAUGUUGAUAGUGCAGCUGCGAACUCAGGAGCAAUUAGUGAAAGAAGUUCAAGAGCAGAAAACAGCUUCUGAUUCUGUAACAAGUGAAGUGCAGUCUCUUUUUGGACGUCAGUUAGCUGCUUUGCAAAAUCAAAGAGAUCAAAUGCAAAGUCAUCUUGAUGCUCAAAAAGCUAAAAAUCAGACAAUAGCAGAGCUGCUUGGUCAGAAAACUAUAUCUGAAGAGACAUUGCUGAAAGAGCAGGAGUUGCUCAAAGCUGAAAUUAAUAAUAAAGAACAAAAUUUAGCGCUCUUAUUGAAGGAAAAAACAGCCUUAGGAGAAAGAUUAUCUGACAUGGAGGAGGAUCUAAAAAGAUCAGAAAAAGCUCUAGCAGAGAAUGCUAGUAUCAUUGAAGAUCUUGAGAAAAACAUACAUGAACUUAAUGCUGAAGUGAAAAGUCUCAAAGAAAUACAGGAGUGUGAAAGACUGCAAUAUGAGGACAAGUUAAACUUCAUCAACCUAGAAAUUCAUAAACUUAAUGCUGAAAUAAAGGCAAAAAGUACCGAAUACAGUGAGGAAAAGAAACAGUUGACUGAAGAAAUCACCCAUUUGAAGAAGGCUCAUUUGGAACUUGAGACUCGCUUGCAGGAGUCAUUUCAGUCUGCACAAGCUGCACAGGAGGCACAGUCCGAAGUGGUGAAACAUUACAAAGAGGAAAUUGAUAAAAUGGAGACUCAACACCUCUCUGAAUUAUCUAAAAUAGAAGAGUUAAAUGCCGAAAUAAAAGAUAAAGUGGAAAAACAGCAGAAGUUGGAAGAAGAAAGAAAGGAACAGAUUGCUUUAAUAAAAAAGGUACAUGAACGAGAGCAUGAUCGUGAAGUCUCUGAACUGAUUGCUAAACAUGAAGAGGAAAUGGAGAAACUCCGUGCUGAACUGAAUAAAAAACAGCAGCACUUGUUGGAUGAACUUCGGCAGCAAAUGGCAGCCACACAAAAAGCAGAGAUUGAGCAAGCUCAGCUGCAAUUACAGACAAUGCACAGCCUUGAAAUGGAAGCUUUACGCCUAAGCUUAAAUAAUCUGCAUACCUCGCAGCUUGAGCUUACGCAGUCCAACUUGAGAAAAGAAAAGGAAACUGCUCUUAUGGAGCUACGGGAGAUGCUCAAUGACAAGCGCGCUCAAGAGGUAGCAAUUCUGCAGAGCCGUCAUCAGCUGGAGUGGGAGAAGGUUAAAGAACAGUGUCUGAAGGAAAAAGAAGACCUUAAGUCUAAGUAUCAGCAAGAACUAGUUGAUCAGAGAAAGAAAAUAGAAUUGGAAAUGGAGGAGACACGUAUCCAGGCAUUAGAGACUCUCAAAAGAGAUUGUGAAUCUGAAUCUAAUAGGCAAUUAAAAAACAUGUGUGAAGAGCUAUCUGAAAAACAUCAGACUGAAAUGGUGAAACUGCAGAAAACUCUUGAAAUGGAAGUGGAGAAAGUCAAAGCAGAGUUGGGGCUUCUUUCUCUUGAGAAUGAACAGUCUAAAAUAAAAUGUAUAGAAUUGGAGAAGCAGCACCAGUUAGCCAUUACAAAAUUACAAGAACAACUGCAGUUUGAACAUAAUCAACUCCUGGAAGACACGAAGAUGAAAAGCCAAGAAAAAGAAGAGAAUCUUCAGAAGGAGCUGGAGAAACUUCAGGUCAUGCAUGAGGAACUCAAGACUCAGUCACAAGAAGAGAUCAGGCAGCUUUGGUCUCAGCUCGACAGUACCCGAGCAAACCGACAGGAACUAAGUGAUGGUGAGACUGGAAUUGAAGCCCAUGGUCCAGAGCUAAAAGAGCAGCUCCUGGCUCGUGCAUCACGAGUGGAAGAAAUAGAGCAUUUAAAACAACAAUGUGAACAGCAGUGUCAGCAAAGAAAAGCUGAGCAUGAAACUGAAUUGGAACAGCUGAGGCUUUAUUUUGAAAAUAAAUUAAGAGCUGCUGAAGAAAACUACAGAGAAGAAUUGACUUUGCUGCAUCAGAGACUGCAAGAACUGAAGGAAUAUUCACUGUCAGAGUUGGAACUGAGUCAAGAUCAAACAGGGGACAUCAGUUCUUCUGUUGCAGUUUUUGAAGAGACUGCUGAAAAAGAGAGAAGGGAUGCACUUGGUCAACUCAAUCAACAGCUGGAACAACAUCAGGAGGAGCUUGCCUGUUUGCAAUUACAACUUAAAGAACAACACAGACAUGAAUUGGAUACCUUAAGAUUUUCCCUUGCACUUCAAUAUAAGGAGGACAUAAUGAAAAUGAAGAUGGAUCUGUCAGACAAAUAUAGAACAGAAAUUGAGGAAAUGAAAAGAAAGCAUUGUUUAGAACUUGAGCAGCUUCGUGCCCAACUUUCAGAAGAACAUCUUAAAGAAAUCACCAAAGUGCGCCUACAGAGCGCUCAAGAUGCAGCACGUCAAGUUGAGAUGGAGGUGGCUGAACGAAUGUCUGUGCUGGAAGAAGAGCACAAAGUUAAACUCUCUCUCCUCCACUCUGAGAAACAGCAUAUUGCAGAGCUUUCAGGAGAAAUAAAGCACUUAAAGGAAGAGAUAGCUAAACAAAAAGAAUUUUCUGUGCAGAAUGAAAAGCAUCUGAAAGAGGAAAUGAAAAAGGAAAAAUAUAAAAUUGCUGAGGAUCACAGGAAUAAAUUAAGGGAAGCCAGAGAAGAAUUCCAGAAAAUAGAGACUAUGUACAAAGAAAAAGAGAAGAAAUGGAAAUCUGAAAGUGAGGACCAGAGAAUCCAAGCAGAAGAAAAGUUAUCAUUGCUGCGUAUAGAACUGCAAAAUAGAGCUGAAUAUGAGAAGCAGAAUUUACAGAAGGAGUUUGAACAUCGUGAAGCUGAAAUGAAUCAACUUCAAGAUCACCAAGCUGCCAAAAUUUUAGAGUUAGAGAAGCUGGUAAAAGAGCAGCAGAACAACCUGCAGCAGCUAGAAGACAGCCUUGCAAGUGCACAGGCUAUGCAGAAAUCUCAGGAGCAGUAUGACACUGACUUGCAGGCAGCCAAAGCACUCAUGGCAAAAGAAAUGGAAAAGACCACACUCUGUCUGCAGGAAGAAUGUGCAGUGAAACUUAUGGAAGCACAAAACAAGUUUAUGGAGGAACGCAAAGCUAUGACUGAGAAAUUCACAACUGAGCAAGAAAUUCUCCUCCAAGAGCUGAAAAAGAAACAUGUCAAUGAGCUGGAACUCCAAAGUCAGCAGUUACAGGAGAAGCAUAAGCAGCAAAUUUUGUCUCUUACAGCUGAAUUUCAGACAAAGCACCAAGCUGAAAUUGAGACACUUAAAUCCACACUGGAAAAUAAACAACGGAUUCAACUUGAAGCUUGUGUUGCUGAACUAGAGACAAAGCAUCAAGCACAAAUUGAUGAGCUGGAGGCCAAACACUUAUCAAAUCUCGAUUCAUUGGAGUCAUCUUACCUAUCUGAAAUUCAGAAUAUAAGAGAUGAACACAGUCAAGCUCUUGAGAAGCUACAUCUGCAGCACACAGAACAACUCCAUGAAAAGGAUAAAAUGAGUCAAGCACGUUUGGUUCAGGAGAUAGAGAUGUUAAAAUUAAAGCAUGCUGAAGAACUUCAGCUUUCCCAAAAUAAUUUGAAAAUUGAGCUAGCAACUCUUCAUAUGGAAAAACUUAAAGCCAUGGCUGCUGAAGCAGAAGCAGCUCAUAAGGAUGAUUUGAACACAGCUCUUCAAAAUCAAAGGAAGUUGCUGGAAGAAGAAAAAAGUCUAGCCCUGGAUAUAUUACGUGAAGAGGUAUUGCAUAUGGAGGAAAAGCACAGAAAAGCUCUCCAAGAGCUUCAGGAUUUUCAUGAGGCAGAAAUUAAAAAACAUAAGGAAGAAUAUUCUAGGGAGCUGGAAGAAGAAUUGGGGAAACUAAAAGCACAGCAUGAACGUGAGCAAGAGAUGUAUGCUUCUGCAUCAGCCUCUGAAGUAGAAAAUGUGCGAACAGCUCUUCUGGCUCAAUUUGAAGAGGUAAAAUUGAAGCAGCAACUUCAGUUCCAGGAAGAGAUUGAGCUGCUGAAGUGUCAGUCAGAGAUACUGCUUGAACAGCAGAUUGCACAGUUGAAGGAUGAAUUUGAAGCUGAAAAAAAGGCAUCACUACAUGACAAGGAGCAGAUGUUGAUUCAAGAAAGGGAGAAGGCACAGGCUGCUCACCAAAAGGAGCAGGAGAUGUUAUCCGCCCAGCUGCAGGAAAAAGCAGCAACAAUUAUCCAGCUGGAAAAGAAAGUAGAGUCUUUAAACCAUGAAAUAGAAGAGACCAACUCUGAACUGGAGAUGCUUCUUCAGCGUCGGGACAGAGAAAACCAAGAAGGAGGGAAUUUGGUAGCCAUGUUGAGAUCUGAUAUUGAGCAGUCCAAGGAUGAAAGAAAAAACCUGCAGGAAUCUUAUCAGCAAGUUUUGAAGUUACUCGUGGAGUUGGUGAAGGCCACAAUAGCUAUUGAGGACCUUAUCUGUAGCAAGAUUGGUCUUUGCCUUGAUGACACUCUGGCUUCUGGAGAUUCUAGAGCAAGUCAGAGUAUUAUGGAAGAAAUAGGAUUCAUGCAGCAUUUCAAAGCCAAAGAAAAGCAUCACCUAGCAAAAGAUGAGCUACUUGAUGAAACUCUCUCAGAACACAACCAGCUGUCUCCAGGGACAGACGAGGGGUCUGAGUUGAGCCAAUACUUAUGUGAAAGUAUUUUCACAAAGACAGAAUUGGCUUGUGAAAAUGAAGAAAUGAUACUGAGAAUUUGUCAUCGUUUGCGCACUGCAGUGGAGAGACUUCUGGAGCUGGUUACAGAAUCAACUAAACAAAUGGAGAAAAUGCAUGAAAACCAUGCACAAUUUGAAGAAGAAUUCAGCCGCCGCAAUCGGGAAACUGCUCAUGUGGUUAGUCAGCACCAGGAGCUAAUGGAGUGCCUCUGCGAGGAGAGCGAGGCCAAGAAUCAGCUGGCACUAGAGCUCCAUAAAGCAGAGGGCAUUAUCGAAGGCUAUGUCGCAGAAAAAGCUGCAUUGGAAGAGGCCUUGAAUCUGAAAGAGGAAUCAGAACGUCGCCUUGUUGUGGAGCUGGAGAAUAUGCGUGAACGCUUUCAGGAACUAACCCAGGAACAAGCAAUUCUUGGUCUACUCAAGGAAGUAGAACUUUUAGCAAAGGAGAAAUUAGAGCUUCAGUGUCAGGCAGAAAAGGACCAUUCCAACUUACGCUCUCAAAUGAAAGUUUUGGAGGUGGAACUGGAAGAACAGCUGAAUAGUAAUCAAGACCUGGCUACACAGUUAUUGGAGGUUGCUGAAUUAAAACAGCAAAUUCAAGUUCUUGAAAAGCAGCUUAAAAACCAGCGGCAAUUCAUGGAUGAACAAGCUAUAGAGCGGGAACAUGAACGUGAUGAUUUUCAGCAGGAGAUUCGGAAACUGGAAGAACAGUUAAAACUUUCAGCAAAAUCACAGACUUCAGGAGAGCCCAGGGAGUAUAGGAAUUAUGAAUUGAUUCUACAGGUGGAAUCUUUGCAAGCAGAAAUAAAAGAGAAGAUGGAUGAUUACAAUAAAUUGCUGUUAGAAAAGGAGCAAAACCACCAAGAAAUUGCGGCUCGUGAUAAAGAGAUAGAAAAGCUGGUGGCACAGAUACGAGAACUGGAGCACCGCAGUGCUGAAGUCUCGAAGACUGUACAUGGCUUGGAACAGCAGCUGCAGAAAAUGAAGAAAGCAGAAACGGAAUUAAAACAAGAUAAAGAGGCCUUGCAACAGCAACAGUAUAACAACCUGCUUCAGAUCUCCGCCCUGCAGUCUAAAUUGGAUGAGGCGAGGCACAGAGUCCCCUCAGAUGACAAUACUACCCCAGUGCUGAAGGAGCAGUUGCAGGCAGAGCAGGAGGCACUUCAGAGCAAAGAGAGAGAGAUUGCAAGCUUGUUAGACCAACUACAACAAUAUAAAGAUAAUUUGAUCAAUAAAAAUGAUGAGAUAUUGCAGCUUAACUUACAGUUAGAGAUGGAAAAAAAUCUUAGCGCUUCCAGCAUCAACCAGCUCCAGUUGGAGAAUACACACCUGAAGGAGGAUCUGACAAAACUUCAUGUGAAACAAAAUCCUGAUUCCUCAGCUUUGUCGUUCCCACAAGCACUACUUGAAGAAAAGAAUCAAGAAAUCGAUCACUUAAAUGAGCAGAUAAAGAGGCUCCAGUAUGAGCUAGAGAAUACCCUGGAGAAUAAAGUUGUGGAACACCAAAAAUCUGAAAUUGAAGAACUCAGAUCUCUUGUUGAGCACCUUCGUGGUGACCAGGAGAGGCUGCGCAAGGACAAAGAUGAAGAGGUGGAGCAACUCCAUGGGGUAAUCGAGAAGCUUCAAAAAGAGUUGGAGCACUUUGGACCGGUAUAUCAUGAAGAUAGUGACAACCAAGAUGAUCUCUACCAACAUGCAGUAGAAAAGCCAGUGGAAAACCUUCAGAAUGAGUUGAGGAAGGGACUGGCAGAUUGUCAGGGUGAUAUUGAUCCCAACAGAAGAAAUGCAUUGCUACUCUCCAAAGUAAGGGAAUUGCAGGAGGAACUGGAGCUUGUCUCCACUGCUAGAGAAGCUCUGCAGCAGCAACUAGAAGAGAAGGAAUCGCAGUUUAAAAUGGAAGUGGAAAAUAUGGAGAAAAAAUGCCAAAAAUUAGGAGGGUCGUCAGAGCAGCAGGUUGCAGAGCUGACGUCUCUGAGAGCACAACAUGAUGCACUUCAGAAAGAGUACAGCCUUUUCCGAUCACAGUUUUCUCAGAGAGAGGUUGAAGUGAGGAUGAUGACUUCUCGUGUUCAGGAACUUGUAGACACUGUGAGAGAAAGGGAAGCAAAUAUUCUAGAGAAAGAUAUGCAAAUGAAGACAAUGUCAGAUCAAAAAGAAGCUCACACAGCCGAGUUGCAGUACUUAACGAAAAAGGCAGCAGAGCUUCAAAUCGAGUUGGAAAAGAGAGAUGCAAGUCAGGCUCAAGAUGUUUAUGGUCUUCAGUUAGAAGUUUCUAGACUUGAUAUCCAGGUGCAAGCACUGAAUCAGAAAGUAGCAGCUUAUCAGAGAGAAAUCAGUGAACUCCAAGGUAGUUCUGCAAAACAGAAAGAUCAAAUUGAGGCAUACACAAAAGAGCUUGAAGCCUUACAAUUGGAAAGAGAUGAUCUUGUUUCAGCAUUGGAGUUGUAUAAAUCAAAGGAGCAACGUGAUCAUGAAGAGACUGACCUCCUCAAGCUCCACUGUUGGAGAGAAAGAAGAGGUGAAGCCCUUAAAAAAAAAAUGGAGGAAUUGGAAGAACCAGAAGCAAAUGCUGAUCAGUCAUUUCCAGUACUGGCUUCCCCUACUGAUAAACUGGGAGAGUUACAGGCUACAAACACUUCACAGAAUGAAGAGAAUUUAUUUGUAAAGAUGGCAUCUCAUAAAGAAGAGUUUAAUUCAGAAUUAGGUUCAACAAAAAAGGACUCGGCAUUCAGUGAAGGAAGAACUGGUAAAAUUAUGAAGGAUAUAAAGGAAAAAGAUGAAGUUGUGUUUGACUUGAUGUCCCACAAUAUAAAUCCGAAAACUCAGAUCAAGCAAUCACAAGAAAUUACCUUGGCUCAGGAACUGGAAGUGAUCAAGGAUCAAGGACACAAAGAGGAGCAAGAUUUGAAAAAGCAUUGCCAGCAAAUGUUGGAAAUUCAUCAAACUCCUGAUUCUCCAAAACACAAUUUGAACGUAGGCAAAGGUGCUUCCAAAGACUUCCAGAAUUUAAUUGCAGGGAUGGCUUCGUGGGGCUCACCCGAGAUGAUGAGAAAGCAAGAUAUAAACAUGGACCUUCAACCAGCGCUUCAUCUGACGCCCUUUUCAGAAGUCGAAAGCACAGAUUUGGAGAUGAUGCACAGCAGGUCAUCCAUGCAAGAUGAUAAUUCUGUAUUGCUGGGAUAUUCUAACCUGUAUGAAAAUGGUGGCGAUGAAGGGGCAGUGGGAGUAGGUAGAAAAUCUCCAACGUUCUCUGAAAGUACCUACUCUGUUGAUGAUGGCCAAGAUGUGGAAAAGAUGAUUUUGCAGGUGAGAGAAACUGAUAAUGUAACUUUAACCCCUUCUGAUUUACAAGAUGAUGUAAGAUCAAGAGCAUCUGCCGUAGAUACCAUGAGCAAUGGAUACAGCAGCAAUACCAGCUCAGACUUGGCAGCUAAACCAAAGCAGGAGCUACAACCAGACCACCUAGAUGCUAGUUUCAUGGCUUAUCUGCGGUACCGUGGAAUGUUUCCAGAUGUUAUGGAAUCAAUGAGAGAAAAUGAAAUACUUUCACCACAGCUGAAGACUGUGCUGAAGAUGGUGUAUGAGGAGAGCCGGAAAAUACUGGCUUUGUCAGAACGUCCCUUUGGUUUGAGGGACCUGAGAAAUGUUCCUGAGCCCAGAACAGCGGUGGAGGGGUGGCAAAAGGAGGGUUUAGCCUUGCUGGACGCUAUGCAGUCGCUGAAAGAUUACCUCAGGAAGGUGGCAGAGAGAGGAGACAAGGAAUUUUCAGGUAUUGCUGCUGACUGGAGAGGAGAACUUCUGCAAGCAGUGCAGAGCGUGUUUGAGAAAGAGAGGAAUGUGCUGCAAAUUGACUUGAAGUCACACUUCUCCAAUCCUGGGUCUGGUGAUGAGGGUUCAUUAAUGGAAAAACUGGAGUAUAUCAUGAGACAACAAGAGGAACAGAGGCAGAUGGUUGUAGAGCACCUUUUCUCCUCAGACCGGAAUAGCUUGCUCUCUGAAAUCCAGGACCUCCAAGCUCAGCUACGCAUGACACAUCUUCAGAACCAGGAGAAGCUGCAGCAGUUACAGGAAACACUCACCAAUGUGGAAGAUCACGGGAGCAAACAAGAACACCACCUUCGGAGGAAAGUUGAAUUACUAGAAUACAAGCUUCAGCAGGAAAAAUCUGUCAUAAGUGACUUGCACAGCACCCUGUCUGAGGAGCAGAAGAGAGCCUCCGAAACACGUGAUCUCUUGAGUCAAGAAAAAGCAGCCCUGAAGUCAGAGCUUUACGAAAGGAAGCAAGAGAAUGAAAGGCUGCAGAAAUCCCUAGAAGAGCUUCAGAAGGAAAUAAACCAGUUACGCUUUGAAUUGGAAAAAAAAGAGAAAGAUUUGGCAGCUGCACUUGAAGACUUGCAGACUGAACAUCUGAAGGAAACAGAGCUACAGGGUUUGCUGGAAGAACAACAGCUUCAGCAUAAGAAAGCAGAAGAUGAAAAGGCAAAGACCUUGGAGGAGCUGCAGGCUGCCCUGGAGCUGCAGGCAGUGCAGAAGAAGCAGCUGGCUGUGUCCUUGGAGCACGAGCAAGCGGUGAACGAGAAUCUACGCAAGGAACUUCAGAUCGAGCAGUCCCGCUGUGCAGCGCUGCUGUCCCAGGAACAGGCCAAACUGUUGGACCUACAGAGAAACUUAGACACUGAGAAAAAUCGUUCGUUGGAGCUCCUGAAUUCUUUGAAUCAUGAACGCAUUUUGACAGAACAGUUGAGCAUGAGACUGAAAGAAGGUGCUUCUUGCCAGCACAGGGAAUCGCUGCUGGAGCAGGGUUUUGUUCGAGAGCUGCAAGCCCAGCUAGAAGAGGAGAGGUCCCGAACUAUGGAGCUUGCUGCCAUCAUUGAGAAAACGCAUCAGAAGGCCAUUCGUUCCAAAAGGCAGCUAGAGGCUGAGAUGCAGAUGUGCUGCGAAGAAUCCCAGAAAGAGAGGGAGGUCAGUGAGAAAUUGCGAGCUACGCUGGAAUCGCUUCAGCAUCAGAAGCAAGAGGUAAUCCGUUCCUUAGAGGCCCAGAAGGAGAGAGAGGCGAGGCUGAAAGCUGACUGGGAACAACUGCAGUCCCUCUUCAAGACGAUGCAAGAGCAAGAUAAAAGCAAGAAAGAAGAGAGAGAGCAAAGACAGCAGCAACAGACAGCCCUCGAGAAAGAGGAGGACAAGCAGAGAGAUCAAGAGAGACUGCAAAACUUGGAACAGCAACACCAGAGGGAUGAACAAAGAAUUAAAGAGCUGCAGGAAAUACUGGCAAUAUUAGAAGAAAGAGAAAGAAGUCUCCCAUUUCUAAACCACCAGCAAGAACUGUUGUGUACCUCAGACAAAGAUCAAAAUGCCAAACAGGCCACAACAAAAGAAACAGAAAAAUCGCAUUUGCAACAGCAGCAACAUCAGCUGGAGAAGAUAAGACAGCAGUUGCUUUUUGUAGCUGUGCAGCUGAAUGAGGUCAUAUAUAAAACUGUAGAUAAAACAGUUAGCAGUCAGUCCGCAUCGAGUGAUGAAGCUGUCGCCUCUUUACUGCAAACAUUAAAGGAGCUGAAAUCACAUUUAUUAUCUCCUCCUGCAUCUCAGCUCAGAUCUACGGAUGAUCCCAACUCUGCUAGAGAACUGGAAAGAGAGGCUUGGCAGCGUGAGAGAAGCAUUUUGCAGAGUGCACUGAAACAGGCUGAAUCUCAGCUGGCUAAAGCAACUGUUGAAACUGAAAACAAACCAGUGGCAGAGACUUCCAGUCCUAAGUUGCAGAAAUUAUACCGGAAGUACCUUAGAGCAGAGAGCUUCAGAAAGGCUCUAGUUUAUCAGAAGAAAUACCUCUUGCUACUUCUGGGCGGAUUCCAGGACUGUGAGCAAGCAACCCUCUCUCUAAUAGCACGUAUGGGAAUCUACCCCUCACCUGCAGACCUGCAGCUUUCUGGAUCUCGCUCCCGCCCCUUUACCAAGUUCAGAUGUGCAGUCAGGGCAGUCAUUGCUGUGUCAAGGUUGAAGUUUUUGGUGAAAAAGUGGAACAAAGUUAGCAGGAAGAACACACAGAGCGAAGUCAUUCCUCAAAUUAUAGGAGGUAACACAGCCUCUGGUGCUAGGACAGAGAUUCUGAGAGAGCAGCAGCCCCCCACUGCUCACCUCAGCUCGCCCCCCACCCGGGACACAGGGCUGAGCCCCAGGACCAGCUUGGCAAGAUGUGGGAGCCGCUCCCCCAGAUCCACCUCCUGUGUGCACAGCAGAUUGCAUCCAUCCAUAAGUUCAGCUUCAGAAAAGUCACUUGUGCCUGCUCAGGAUCCUGAACAAUCGCUAGCAGAAUACAUCCAUCGCUUGGAGGUUAUCCAGCAGAGACUGGGGGGUGCACUGCCAGGACAAGUUCCAGGCCCAUCUCUCCAGAGAAACAUGAAAAAGUGAUGAGAGCACUUGGGAAACCUGUACUGCGACACCCCCAAGCUCCUGCUUCCUUCCAAGUGGGUCCGUGCUGAGCAGAGGCCCUUGUUAUCUCUUGUGCAACUGAAUUAAGGGCAGUGCUUUUGCAUCAGAUUUUUAUAUGACUCUUUUUAUUAUAUUUUAGUACUUAAAGAGGAAAUUACUUUUCACUCAGAACAAUGUUUUACAUUCUCCUGUGAAAGUACUGCUAAGUUAACAGCUGAAGUGUAUCGCUGUAUUGUAAGUUGCAAAGAAUCUCUGGUGUUUAUUUUUCUAUAGUGUAUAGGUGGAGUCCUUGUAAAAAAAGUUAUUAAA